AUGUCUACUUACAAGCCUUCCGAACAUGACGGUCUUAAACAAGACGGAACUCCUGACAAGAGAGUGUCCUCUGAGCACGGUUUCGGUGGAUCUGACGGUCCCGAUCCCCACGUAGAAGGUGCCAAAGGUGGAUCCAACAACGCUGGUGGUGAGAACUACAAGCCCUCUGAACACGGAGGUGUCAAGAAGGAUGGUACUGAAGAUGCCAGAACCAGAUCUGACCAUGGAUUCGGUGGAUCUGACGGACCUGACCCCCACGUUGAGGGCCAAAAGGGUGGAUCCCAAUAA